AUGUCUUAUCAUCGAUGGUAUUGCAGCAGACCCCGACAAGGUAUCAGCUAUACGCGACUUCCCUACACCGUCCAAUGUCACAGACGUCAGGUCGUUUAUGGAUCUCGUCAAUCAACUUGCCGACUUCACUCCAGACAUUGCAGCAGCAGCACAGCCCCUACGUCCACUUAUGAGCCCCAAAUGCUCAUUCGUCUGGACGCCCACCACGACCAUGACCAAGCAUUUAAGAAAGUCAAGACAGCUCUGACUUCACCACCUGUCCUGGCACCCUUCAAUCCUGCUCGCCUGUGGUUCUACAAACAGAUGCCUCACGCCUAUACGGUCUCGGCUAUGUCCUACUUCAAGAUAACGGCCAAGGUCCAGUGUGGCUCUAGUUUCCUUACGGAUACAGAGACUCGCUACGCCACCAUAGAGCUGGAGCUACUUGCAGUCACUUGGGCUAUAGCUAAGUGCCGCCUAUACUUGUCUGGACUUCAGCAUUUCACCUUAAUGGCUGACCAUCGCCCCUUGAUACCAAUUCUCAAUCACUACACUUUAGAUGCUAUUGAGAAUCCACGCCUUCAGCGCCCUCAAGAUGAAAGUGGCCCCCUACAUCUUCACUGCAGUAUGGCGCGCAGGGAAACAACUUUCAUACUAGACGCCCUGUCUCGCUCCCCAACCAGUCGCCCCACACCUGAAGAUGAAGAGGAGUGCACUACUUCGACUGCACAUGUCAGCCGUAUCGUUGCCAGCACCGCCACUUCCACUGACAACCAGGCAACAGGACCCAUCAUCGAAGAAGACAAGUCUCUACAAGAAAUCCGCACGGCCGCAUCCCAGGAUCAAGAUUACAGUCGUCUCGUUCACUACGUCUCCAACGGUUUUCCUACCAACCGCUAUGAUCUCCACGCUUCCGCCCUCCCGUAUUGGAAGCUGCAGGACAACCUUUACGCGGAUGGAGAGUUAGUAUUGUAUGGACCCCGGAUCGUCAUCCCUGCAGCCCUUCGUAGACGCACCUUGGAUCGACUCCAUGACAGCCAUCGAGGGAUUGAAGCUACUCGACGUUGUGCAAUACAGACAGUAUUCUGGCCAGGUAUCAAUGCAGAUAUCAAGAGUAAAGUAGAAAGCUGUGAGGCCUGCCAACAGCUUCUCCCUAGUCAGCAACAAGAACCUUACAUGUGUGACGACCAUCCAUCCCGGCCCUUCGAAAGUGUGUCAGCUGUCUUCUUCCAUGUAGCAGGGAAAUCCUGUGGACGUGACACAACUGCAGCCAGAGUUACAAGAAUGUUCUGUGUUUUCUUCCGCGAGGUUGGUGUUCCACUCCGCUUACGAACUGAUGGAGGACCCCCAUUUUCCAGCCACGACUUCAAGCAAUUUGCCGACCGCUGGGGAGUUCAUCACAUCAUCACUUCUCCACAUUACCCUCAGGCUAAUGGACAUGCAGAAGCUGCAGUGAAAGCUGUUAAACACCUUAUCAUCAAGACUGCCCCAUCCGGGAACAUAGAUUGUGAAGCCUUUGAUAGAGGACUGCUGGAGCUUCGGAAUACACUGAACCCUGCUGGAUGCUCCCCUGCGCAGAUCCUCUAUGGCCAUCCUCUCCGCACUUGUGUUCCAGCUCACCCCAGAUCAUUCACAGAGGAGUGGCAAACUAAGACUGAAGAUUACGACCGUCGCACUGCUGCCCAAACCGACCAGGCCAUGAGCCUUUACAAUUCACAUGCCCGCCCUCUACCCAAACUCACCAUCGGCCAACGAGUUAGGAUACAGGACUCAACGACGCUUCGAUGGGACAAGGUCGGCAUCGUGAUGGGCCGCGGAAUGUCAAGAAAGUAUGAAAUACGCCUUCCAAGUGGUCGUGUAUGGUUUUGA